AUAGAGUUUCUAGCUGACAUUUCCCUAGCAGUUACAAUUGAAUUGCAAGGGAAUGGGAACCUCAGUACAUCCACCGGGGCACUGGCCUCGACUCAUCUUUGCUAUGGCAUUUUGCCUUGUAGCAACUAGCGUGGUUGCCGAUGAACCUGAUGUAUAUUCUUCUCCACCUCCACCAGAGCACCGAGAGGACAAACCAUAUCCUCAUAAGUCUCCCCCACCUCCGACCUACUAUUAUAAAUCUCCACCACCACCACCUUAUUACUAUAAAUCCCCUCCACCUCCUUCACCAUCACCUCCACCUCCCUACUAUUAUAAGUCUCCACCUCCACCAUCACCAUCACCACCACCACCACCUUAUUAUUACAAGUCACCUCCACCUCCUUCACCAUCUCCCCCACCUCCGUACCAUUACAAGUCACCACCUCCGCCAUCUCCCAGUCCUCCACCACCAUACCAUUACAAGUCUCCACCCCCACCAUCUCCAUCACCACCACCUCCUUACUAUUACAAGUCACCACCACCUCCUUCACCUAGUCCACCACCUCCAUACUACUACAAGUCACCACCUCCACCGUCCCCUAGCCCACCGCCACCAUAUUACUACAAGUCACCACCUCCACCAUCCCCUAGCCCACCACCACCA